AUGAUCCAGCCAGAUCCAUCCUUUUCGAUCCACCUCGCCUUACCUCGUCGCUCUUGGCACCUACCACUCGAUGACCGUUUACGUGCAUUUUCCAAACGAUUCUGUCCAACCUGGCUGCUCUAUCCUUUCUUGGCUCUCUGGUGUAUGGCGUUCAUCCUCCUCAUCCGGCAACAAUACUAUGUGGGUAAUAUCGGGGUGAUUUCCUGUGAUGCGGCUGUUUGGGCGGAUUGGCCACCGGAUACCUGUGGAAUCGAUGGUUUUGCCUGCUUGGACCAGUUGGAAGAGGGUACUUAUAGAUGUCUAGGUGGUUGUCAAGGAGUUCCACUGGGCAAUCCUCGAUGGGUCGGGGGCGUCUCUGUGGACGGCAUUCCCCUUGUCAUUGGAGGAAACGACUCUAUUUAUAGGGCUGAUUCUUGGGUAUGCCCUUCGGCAAUCCAUGCUGGUCUAGUCUCACCGACCUUGGGAGGUGUCAUCACUGUCAAACCUUUGCCUUUCAUCUGGGGUCAUUCUGACUUCACCUCGAGUAAAGCUCAUGGAAUCCAGUCAGUCGGAUUCGAACCAAAAUAUCCCGGUGCCUAUCGACUGGUGUCUGCACCAUUGAACGGGAAUCUGGAUCUCCAUCCAAUUAUCAGCACAGUCAAUGCUCUUUGUCUCGCCAUUGUCACAUUAUUCUUACGUCCUUCGCCCCCCAUACUCUUCUCCAUACUUGUCGUCCUCGGAUGGUUCCAACUUACUCUGAUCUCAGAUCCAGCGUCAUUCCCACCUGAUUGGGGCUGGGUCGCAGGCGGGAUACCAUUGGUUCUCCUUACUGCUUAUUGGGCAUAUCGGGUCGCUUUUCAACGCACUUUGACCGCUUUCAGAGAUUUACCUCUGGACACUACCAUCUGGCAAGGCGCUGGGUAUUGGAUUGGGUUGGAAAGUUCUACAAUCUUUGCAAAACUGCCAAUCUCACGUUUAGGCUAUGGAGGACUAUCGGCCGACGGCGUCAUCGCGCUCGUCUUGAUCCUUAUCGUGGUCCUGAUCGUGGUUCUCAUUCAAGCGUGGCAGAUGCGGAGGUACGGAUUAUUGCAGUACUAUCUCAUCAGAUAUCUGCCACUCGCCCCGAUCCUGCUUAUUCUCGCUUUCAUACCUGGAUAUACACUCCGCAUUCAUCAUUACCUGUACUGCCUCGCAGCCAUCCCUGUGCUCUCUCUACCGAAUCGAGUCAGUCUCUUUGGUCAAGCCUUCAUCCUCGGCCUCUUCCUCGACGGUGUAGGCAGGUGGGGCUGGGCAAGUAUCCUUCAGCAGACGACUUCGCUCAUUGGCGAUGCCAAUACGGGAACCUAUGUGCCCUUCCCACUGAACACCAGUACAAUCACGGAUAUAUCCUGGGAGCCAAUCACUCAGAAUUUGACUGAAAUGGGAUAUACUGGAGUGGCUGUCAUGGUCGAUGACAUACUCCGAGCAAUCGUCAAUUCAAGCAGUGAAUAG